AUGUCUAGCGAUCGGGUUCUGGAUUUAAACUUGGAUCGUUUAAUCGACCCCGGGCCUGGAGAUGGUGUGAGGACGGCCCUGCAGGAGCUGUGCAAGCUGAUCUUCAACCGCAGCAAGAACUUAGUUGUGAAGAUAGUUGGCUGUAAACGUCGGCAGGAGAGCACUUCGGACCUGGAGCCAGUGAUUUACCUCAAUGGCUUCUUCUACUCCAACAGCGAUCCCUACAUCCUUACUUGUGCACACGGUCUUAAAAGCGGUGCAACGGAUUUCUUUGCAUUGAUGAGCGAUGGCAGUGCCUUCAACGAUCAGGUCCCCAUCAAGCUGGAGCCCACACACCCGCCACAACUGCACGGCGCCAUGGAAGCUGUCGGUGACAGCACCUACAUGAUUGGCUUCGCUGGACGGGAUGCUCCACAACUGAGCUCCAAUAGUGGCACCAUUUCGAGUGUUGGCUUCAUGGGGUACUCCGGCAGCCCCAUCCUGAACAUGGACGGCUUCCUGAUAGGCAUGGUGCAAGCCGGGCACGACCCUAACGGUAGCAAGCAAGUGACCGCCAUUCCCGCCCAAGGCAUCAACAUGUUCCUGCAGACCUGCGGAGACACAUUGCCAGGAAUCAAGGUGUAA